UCGAUGCCAACUAUGGACGUGGAGUUCCAUUUUGACAACCUAGACGGUGCCUACAUCUUGCCACCAAUAUUAUAUCCUGAUGGCUACUGGUACUUGAAACUGGGCCACUGCAGAAUGUACGAGGAAAUCAAACGCACUUUACCCGAAGUGUCAAACUGGUUCAGACUCCAGAGCGGUAUUCAGGAAUGCGUGGAAAAAUUGGCAAAAUUCAUGUGUCACAUUUUACCAGGUCUGGAAGUCGAAGCAGUCACGGGCGACGGGUGUAUAACGGCUCACACUCCCGACUACGAGCCCUACAUAGACCUGGUAGAAGAAGGCUUCGGAGUCGCCCUGGGGGGCAACGGCUACGGCGCCCAAUCGUGCCCGGAGAUUGGGCGAAUCGCCGCUCGAUUGGUCCUCCUUGGGGAGUGGGAUUCGGACAUUCCGAGGGACAAAGUCAGGAUCAAGUGGAAGGAGGAGGUGUCGUCGUCAGAUGGGAGGGACUGAUUGAAGUGACUAAGCUGGUGAUUGUGACAGGAAAGAUGAUGGACGGAGAAGAGGAACUGUUGUGUCCCACUUGCUCGGAACUGUACGAUGAUGACGUCCACAUACCACUGAUGCUGCCCAGAUGCGGUCAUAACUUCUGCAAGUUAUGCCUAUCUGGCUGCGGAAAGAAAGGUCACUUCCCUUGCCCUACCUGCAGGAAGCGUCACCUGAAGCCCCCCGUGGCACAACUCCAACCCAACAUUGACCUUUUGACCCAGGUCGAACUCCUCAAGGAAUCCACGCUGGGAAGAUGCCCAAGCCACGGCAACCUACAGGAGUUCUGGUGCCGCCAGUGCAACGAGUCCCUCUGUGGGGCUUGCACCGUCGGCGAAGGCCACGACGUCCUGAAAACGAGGCUCUUCUUAGCCGAGAAGAAGAAGGAGGUGAGAGAGCAGGGCAACGCCAUCCUCCAAAAUGUGAUCGAGGAGAAGGAGAAAAUCAUCACGAAAGUCAAGAACUGUUCCCUGCAGCUCCUCAAGACUUGCCAGCUGAGUUCGGUCACCACCUGCUCGGGGGAGGACGUGAAGGCUGUCAUGAACGAGACCAAGAAGACUGCCGACAUCAGAUCGGCCAUGGGCAGCCUGAAGAGGAUGAAGAGCAUACUGGACAACUUCCGAAGCGCCGCUGCUGAAGACCCCGACUGGGAACCCGAGGAGAAACACCAGAACCGACGGGAGAGGCAUCCCGUCAGGGCCCUGAGGGACGAGUGCCACCCGAACAAACAUAAAAGGAGUCGAAGUAAAGAGUCGCUGAGGCAGAGAGAGAGGACGGAGAAGGAGAAUGCUCUCAACAAUGUAAAAGGCGCCAACUCCCCAAGGCAGCGAUCGGUGUCCAACCCUCCACCGCCUGAGAACAACAAUAAAGGAAACAAUCUAGAUGGAAGUCCGCUGAUCGGGUUGCUAGACUCGAACCUGUGGCCACUUCGGUGUUGCGUCUACAGUGAUGAUGGCAGACGAGCGGACCUUAAGUGGGAGGGGGGUAGGCUUCACUUGUAUGGCCUCAGCAAGGAGGCCAAUGACGCACAUUUCAUGAUCAAGAUGUCAGUUCUCCAGACCCUGAUCCCCCAGGACCACCCUGAGGUGUUCAUUGACGCCACGGCGGGCGAAAGAUACCUCGGGCGCAUCUACAUCCGCCUCUGGGGUCACCUCCGCCGUGCCCACAACUUCCUGGCUAUGUGCAUGGGCACGCAUGGUGUCUCCUACCGAGGAGCAAGAUUCCAGGAAGUCUUCGCGAGGGGCAUACCGGGCGAAUGCCUACACGCGGGGGAAUACCCGAUCAGAAGAGGAGGCGAAUCCGCCGCGGCGGUUCUCAAGGACUUAGAGUGGGAAGGGAAGUACAGGAAGUCAAUGACGAAAGGCCUCGUCGUUGGCGCCGGGAGCGGGCGCCCUGACCGCGACGCCUGUUUUGACAUCUGCACCAAGAGCAACAGCGUUAGGCAGUUCGCCUGUCCCUUCGGGGAGGUCGUCGGUGGCUGGGAUGUGGUCUUGGCCAUCGUCGGCAACAAACCCGUCAGACAAGUCUUCAUGACCAACGUUGGCGUGGUUAUACCUGACCAGAACAAGAGCAGUAACUGAUACUUUUAAAUUUCAAAUGUUUCUCUUAUGCUACUUUUUUAUAUGUUAUAGAUUUGAUAUCAAUAUUAAUGAAUUAGCUUAUACGAAGAAAAGUCGUGUUGUAUGUCAAAGGUAUUGAAGUGUAAUGGAUGCUGUAUUUCAAGUCACCGCACACUGCGUACAUAAGACUUCACCAACUCCUCCCAAAUUCUUGUCAGCCCCGCCUACUGGACUGCUCGUUAGGGUGAGUUAGUGGUGUGGCGUGAGUCUUGAUGAGCAGUCCAGUAGGCGGGGCUAACAAGAAUUUGGGAGGAGUUGCUGAUGAGUCUUUCGUAUGCAGCGUGUGGUGAAGCCUAGUGUAAACUCACAUUACGUGGAGGGGCGAAUUUAAUUAUAAUUUUUUUCUUUAUGCUGAGUCUCCUGCCCUUCAUAUAAGCCAUUACAACUGAUCUAUUUUUCAAAGAGUAGAAGAGUUAUUCCUUUAAGUACCACUUGUCAAGAAGGUAUUUUGUAGCUUAAACUACAUGAGGGAAGCAAUAUAUAAACAUGACAAGUUUCUUCCGUUCAAAUCGCGAGAUAUUUCAGCACAUUCAUUAGGCAUUAGUUUUUUUAUUAUACUGAAUUGUUCAAAUAUUGACCAAGAACUACUGUGAUACCACAGUUUGUAAAAACCUUGUAUAAAUCACUGUUCAACAAAUAUGUGUUCAUCACCAGCAGAUAAUGAUUCAUCUACUGUUCAUUCGUUCAUAUUUUUAUCGCAGUAAUACUUUGCAAUUUUAUUCGUUUUUGUUCUGAAACCUUCAUUUUACACAGAAUAGGAAAUGAAAAGAAAAUAUGCGAAGAUUUAUAAUGUUUAAGAGUCUUGGUUUUAAUGAAAUGUGUUUUUUAAUGUGUUAGAUGGAAUAAAAUAUUUUAUUAGUAGAGUAAAAGAAUUGUAAAGACUUUAUGCCCACAUACUAGCAGAUGUACGCCCGUACAGUAAAUACAUACAUACAUACAUCCACACACAUACUCGUAAAAGGACUUCUAUUAAUAAAUGGUUCCAGAAGUAUAUAGUAUAUGAUAAUGGUAAUGACAUUUCCAGUUCUUAACUACGUAGUUUUGUUACAAUUAUCACGUUUUUGUGUGUGUUUAUAAUAAAUUGUCUGUCCAGAUCUCGAGUUACUUUGACAAAUAAUCCAGAUGUUACAAAUUCCUUUUGUCUUUGACAAAUCGGUAGUUGACGGAAGAAUAUAACGAUAAGGUAACUGGCAACGAGUCUCAUAAUGUUAAUGGCAAGUACUUCAUUGCUGUUGUUCUUAAUUUAAGCCAGCCAUGUGCUGGCACGGGCUCUUGUUUCAAGAGCAGCACGUAACGAUAUCUGAAAGUAUUUACGUUGAUUCUGUUUAAUCCAUGCUAAUGACUUUCGUCCUAUACGCUGGCGACCGAGUCUUGUUAAGUGGGCGUGGCUGUUAUUUUAACUUACGGUAAGUCGAGCCAGAAUGUUAUGCUGGUAACUACAACACCGGAAUGCUCAUCGUUCGCCUAAAUUAUGUCGAAUAGAAAACUUCAUUGCCAGACUCAAAUGGAAACGUGUCAUUAUCACUCCUUUUGUGGAUAAUAUUUAAUACUGCCUAUGUUUUGAAAGAAACUUUUGGUGUUCUUUACUUUUACAAGAGGAUUCCCAAUACUUUGAAGUUAUAAACGACUAUUACUAUACAACAGGAAUUCCUUGGAAGCAUAGACAAGUUCCAGGAGUGACAUUGCUUUCCCUCCACCGUCCAUGUAAUGUUUCUCUCUGAAAAACUUUCAUAUAUUUUUCUACCAAGUAUCUCUGGGACCACCUUUCGUUGGUGUGAGUUAAUUCUUGUGACAAUGGCCUCUGAAUCGGCCUUCUGUCAUGGUACCAGACACAAACGUCCUUUGAAUUUCCUUGUCACAGGUCGACUGGCGCUUGAAUUGAUAGGUAGGGCUAAAAUAUUAACAGUUAAUUGUAGGUAUGUAGAUUUAAUUAUACGAAACGACGUCCCAUGGACACUUCCAGGGAUAAGGAGGCAAGAAUUUGUUUUAUAUUUGCAAAAGGUCUACUACGAAACAUGAACUGGGUUCGUUUAACUUGGCCAAAACCAACGUGAAACUUCUGAAUAAAUCUUUUAAAGUCCAUUUUUUCAAAUUAGAAGCACAGCUAAUAACACCAUUUAAAGGUAUUUUGAUACCCAAUUACUUCAUGAGUAAGGUUAUUCCUGUUUAUUUCUGUGAUUGUAACCUAUGGAUACCACCUACCACAUAGAAGUUAAUUAGUGGUUCGAUGUAUUAGCCAACGAAAUUGCUUUUUAUGCCGCUAUUGCUUUGUAAUCUUCGUGUGCAUACUAAAUAACUAACCCAGAUAAAAACAUUUUCUUCCUCUCUAUCAUUCUAUUUAAGAUCUGUUGAGCAAUAAAGCUAUUGUACAAAUUUAUUAACAAACAUGUGUUUCACUGCUACCUGCCAAUACUAGUCUCUGGCUGCUUCUAUUUUCUUUUUCAUUGCUUUUAAUUUUUAUCCUAAAUUGCAUUAGCAUCUUUAAGAUAAAUAUGAAUGUAUGUAAUUUUGCUAGAACAUUCCUUUUAAAUUUAUGAUUUAUUCGUGGUUUUUGUUAGCUUUUAACUGUUCUCGUACGCUGUUAGUUUAAAGAGUUUCAUGUUCACUUACCCGAUUCCCAUUACAAUUUAUCAUCGAGGUGAACUAAAGUACUAAAAUAUGUUUUAUAACAUAACUAAGCACUGCACGAGUACCUACUAAGAAGCCCACAGAUAAGGUUGAUAGCCCUCUACCCUUUCCUUGAUCGUAACUGAUGUUACUCUUCAUUCUCUGUUGGGUUACUGGUGAACUGCUUACCAAGAUUUAAUCAUGAACUUUGCAAAUAAAAACUCGGUACACCA